UAUUAGGCUAUUGGGCGAGUAACGAAGCACAUUGGCUGAAUCAUACUCAGACUAUACAGUGCUACUAUAAGAAACCGGCAUUUAUAGAUCGUGUUAGUGUUAUUUGACAACCGAAGCUUUCAUGGUCCAAUCAUACGAAAAUGAUGAAGACAACGACUAUGGGCGUGACUUGGAUAUUUCUGCUUGCUGCAUUGUAUUUUCAGGCUGAUGUAGGGAGGGCAGAUUGUAUUUGGUAUGAUGAAUGCAAGACAACAUCCACAGGAGUACAAAACUGUGCUUACAAUGGACCCGCCAAGCUCCUCACAGAUUCCGCGGCCUUGAAGCGAAUUCAGCACUACUGCCCGGGCUUAUACAAAGGUCCCAAUGCCACUGAGACUUGCUGUAGUCCCUCCCAGAUGUACACCAUUGAGACUAACAUGGGUCUCCCAGAACAGCUGCUACGCCGUUGUCCCGCCUGCUACUAUAACUUCCUGGAAAUUUACUGUUACUUGACUUGCAGUCCGGAACAGAGCGAUUCCAUAUCAGUGAAGAAGUAUACUGAUAAUAACACUGUUGUGGAAUCUGUAAACUAUGUUAUGUCCAAGGACUUCGCUUUCGGUAUGUACAAUUCAUGUAAAAAUGUGGAAAUGCCCAGCGCGAACGAGUUAGCUCUGAACAUGUUCUGUGGGCGAACCGCUGAUAAGUGCACACCUUACAACUGGCUGCAGUAUAUGGGGGAAACAUCUAAUGGACACACACCUUUUGAGAUUGAUUUCUACAUUCAAGAUGUUCCCUGGGUAUCGCCUAGCACCAACAAAUCCACGGUGCCCAUGAAUUCCACAAUCACACCAUGUAAUAAGAAAUAUCAGAACCAGUCUGCUUGUAGCUGUCAAGACUGUGAGGCUAGCUGUGCUCCGAUUCCCCCCAUCCCAGCUCCAGCAGUAGAGCCAACAAUCCUAGGAAUAGAUGCCUGGUAUUUCAUCACAGGAUGUUGCUACCUAGUUUUCUUCAUUGUUUUUGGAAUUUCUGUGAUGUGGCAUAACAUCAUGACGAGAAACGCAUUUGGGAUUUACACAGCAGAAGAGCAAGUAAAGUCGGUAGAAGAUGAUCAUUAUCAAAUCAACGGUCGCAGGAAAAAGAAAAAAAUGAUGAAAAAGGCAGACCCUGUACCAUUGAUUCAACAGGGAGACAUAAGCUGUCUUGAGAGACUUGGGGAGAAGGUGGAGUCUUUCCUCCAGAGGUCGUUCCAGAGGUGGGGCACAUUCUGUGCCAGACAUCCAUUCAUUGUGUUGGCGAUAGGAGUUAUCCUGGGGGGCGGACUGUGUGUCGGCAUACCCUUCCUCAAGGUAACAACCAACCCCGUCGAGCUGUGGUCUUCUCCCUCCAGUACAGUGAGGACACAGAAGGACUACUUCGAUUCUCACUUCGGCCCAUUCUACCGGACAGAACAGUUGAUCAUUACUCGGCCUCACAACAAAACCUAUGUUUCACAUAAACUGCCCCCUCCCAGCGUCCAGUCUACCAACUACUCCAACCUAUUUGACAAAGAAUUCCUCCACAUGUUGUUGGAUCUGCAACUGCAAAUACAAAACAUCAAUGCAACCUACGAAAACCGGACGAUCAGGUUGGAAGAUAUCUGCUUUCAACCACUUUCUCCGGACAACAAGGGGUGCACGAUUCAGAGCCCCCUAGAGUACUGGCAGGAGAGUCAUGAAAAAAUUGAUGCAGUCGUCUGGGAAACCAUCUACAAGUUCAAUAUCAAAGCCAACUACCUCGACCAUGCUGAAUACUGUAUCAGUGCACCUGCGACUACCUGGGAUACCACAGGCCUCAAUCAGUCCUGUCUCUCAGUCAGUGGCCAGCCCGUCUUCCCUUGGAUUGUCAUGGGUGGCUUCGAUGGUAAGGACUACCAAUCAGCUACAGCCUUCGUCAUCACCUUUGUGGUAAAUAACCAUUUAGACGAAGCUUUAAAUGGACCAGCUGAAGCUUGGGAAAAGGAAUUUAUCUCAUUUAUGAAAAAUUACUCUAGUCCAAACAUGACCAUCGCCUACUCUUCAGAGCGUUCCAUCGAAGACGAGAUCAACCGUGAAAGUAAUUCAGACAUCUUGACCAUCCUCAUCAGUUACUUGAUCAUGUUUCUGUACAUUUCCCUGACCCUCGGUCAACUCAACCACUGUUACUGUCUGGGGGAGCGCAUCGACAGACUGCUGGUCGACUCCAAAAUCCUAUUAGGUCUGGCGGGAGUCACAAUUGUGUUGCUGUCUGUAGGAGCGUCUAUUGGGUUCUUCAGCUUCUUAGGUAUACCUGCAACCUUAAUCAUCGCAGAAGUCGUCCCGUUCCUGGCCCUAGCUGUUGGAGUUGAUAACAUCUUCAUUUUAGUCCAGAGCUAUCAGAGAGACGUUAGGCCACCCUCGGAGUCCCUGGAGGAUCAGAUCGGUAGAAUUGUAGGACGGGUAGGACCGUCCAUGUUACUAUCCAGUCUCACAGAGACCGUCGCCUUCUUCCUAGGUGCCCUGACUGACAUGCCUGCUGUGAAAGUGUUCUCUCUUUACGCGGGAAUGGCUGUAUUCAUCGACUUCCUUCUCCAGAUCACCUGCUUUGUAGGACUCAUGACACUCGACGCUCGCAGACAGGAGAGUCACCGUUACGACAUGUGCUGUUGCGUACAACUUCACGAGGAGAAGAGUGAAAAGUCUGAGGGCUGGCUGUUCCGAGUGGUCAAAGAUUACUACUCCCACUUCCUGCUCAAGGAAUGGGUCCGCCCCAUUGUCGUUAUAGUCUUCACCGGCUGGCUGUCGAUCAGUUUUGCGUUAAUACAUAAAGUUGAUGUAGGCCUCGACCAGAAACUUUCCAUGCCUGACGAUUCUUAUGUGCUUGACUACUUCACAAAUCUGUCGGAAUAUCUGCACGUUGGACCUCCAGUGUACUUUGUGGUGGAGGAAGGCCAUGAUUAUAUAACAAUGCAGGGACAGAAUGAUAUAUGUGGAGGGAAUGGAUGCCCGCAGGACUCUCUGGCUGGGCAGGUGUAUACGGCUUCACUUAGACCUAACUAUUCUCGGGUCGCUCAACCUGUGUCGUCCUGGUUAGACGACUACUUCAGCUGGCUGAACUCUGGAGGCCACCCGCAGUGCUGUCGAUCCUUCAUCAAUAAUGGCAGCUUCUGCCCGUCUACAGUGCCAGAUAAUGUAAGCUUGUGUGAACCAUGCCAGCUUCACGGAGCUAUUAACGGUCACCCAGUCAAAGAGGACUUUAUGAAGUUUCUACCGUGGUUCUUAAGUGACAAUCCGGGCACAAUUUGUGCUAAAGGUGGACAUGCGGCGUAUGGCAGUGCUGUGGAUCUCCUCCACAACAAGACGGGCGUGGGAGCUACCUAUUUUAUGACAUACCACACUAUACUAAAAAACUCAACUGACUACAUAGAGGCCCUGAAACAUGCGAACUCCAUCGCGGAGAACAUCACAAGUCUGAUCGGACAGAAUGGCAAACAAUACAAAGUAUUCCCAUACAGUAUUUUCUACGUAUUCUACGAGCAGUACCUGACGAUGUGGAAGACCACUAUCACCAACCUUUCCUUGUGUGUCAUCGCCAUAUUUAUAGUGGCGUUCGUCCUCCUCGGGUUUGACUUUUUCUCCGCUCUUAUGAUUGUAAUAACAAUCACGAUGAUCAUCAUCGACAUGUUUGGCUUCAUGUACCUAUGGGACAUCUCCCUCAACGCUCUGUCACUCGUCAACCUGGUCAUGGCUAUAGGAAUUUCUGUGGAGUUUUGUGCACACAUCACUCGUGCCUUUGCUGUCAGUCUUCUCCCCACGCGAGUUGAAAGAGCGAGGGAUGCACUGGCAAACAUGGGAAGCUCUGUGUUGAGUGGAAUUACACUGACCAAGCUGGGAGGCAUCAUCGUUAUGGCAUUCUCCAAGUCUCAGCUCUUCCAAGUUUUCUACUUCAGGAUGUAUAUGGGAAUGGUGAUCUUUGGUGCAAGUCAUGGCCUUAUAUUCUUACCUGUACUCCUUAGUUAUAUAGGGCCACCAUUGAAUAAAGCUAAGCUGUACAAACAGCAGCAUGCCAAAAACACCUUGGACCACAUCCAGGAAAAUGAUACAGCAGGCCUGACUGACAACGAUGAAUUUAACGACAACCCACCAGAUUACCAAACACUGUAGUUAUGGCAACAUAACAAAAACAAAGUCAUGUGAUAAUGAAUAGACACGCUCUGUCAUAAAACAACAACUUGUGUUACUCUGGUAAUUCAAUGUAAUGUAUUGCAUUGAUGUUAAGGUUAUAUGCUACUUUAUAAUAGAUGUGAUUUUGUGAUAGAGUCACCUCCCUUAUUUUAGAUCAAGGAUUCUGGAAAGAAAUUAAUUUUGAAUACCACUAGUCAAUUUGGGUAGAAUUUCCAAAUUUCACUGACCUAAUAAUAUUCAACAAGAUAAAAAAAAUAUCAAAUUUUGACGAGCUGUUUUUAGAACCACUAGCCCAGCUGGAGAUUCUGCUGAUCUCAGACUAUUGGGCUACCCUUAUUGUCAGACCCUGUAAAUAUUAAAAAAUAGUGUCUGGUAAUUUAGACUGAUCAGUGAAUGCAUUCCUGUGUAACUUUCCAAUACUUGAUAACCAAUUUUUAUCUACCAUUUGUACAAAAUUUCUAAAAAGUUGCAAGAACUACUUCAGAAAUUAUACAUCACACAAAGGUAGCAUACACCCUUAACUGGCAUAUUUGAGUGCCGACUCACUUACUCCAAUAUGUCUUCUACAUAGUUUGCUUUUGAUCCCAGAGAUUUCACGCCGUCGGAGUUUGACUAUUUCAUGUUCCUGUGUAAUAUUUUGCGACCAAUUAAUCAUUAUCAUCAAGUAAACAUGUGUUGUGUGUUGAUGUAUUCCUUGCCGAAUGUGAUUUGAAACACUUGUUGAUCCUCAUUAAAUCAGCCACAGCUGUCCAGUUGUCCUGUUUUAUCAAGCCAGUGCUUUGCAGAACAGCUAUACAAAAUUGUCCUAUUCAUCCAGGCAUUUCACCAUCCUGUCUCUUGGAAUGAAGCUCCACUUCAUGUAGCGCUCAAACUGAAUAUACCUGUGUCAAUUUCUUCCGAAUUUGUUAAUGAUCAGGUGGUGUGUGUCUAUAGUGAUGUUACAGUAUUUGAUAUUUUUUAACAAUGAAAUCAAGAGUGGAAUACUAAGUCACUCAUUCAAAUCUGAAGACACAUUUGAACUCGUCUAAUUCAAAUGUUGGAAAGGUUCAUUAUGUAAUUUCAGGGGUGAAUGAGUUAAAUAUAUAUACAAGUAUAAAAUAACGUGUCUCUAAAUUGAUCUGUUCAGGAAUUUUGGGUGCUAUGUUUCUCUAUAAAAUACAUUUUCAUUUGAAUGGUUUAAAUUGAUCUUUAAAAAGGAGGCAAAUUGACAUGAUAUGAAGCAGUCAUCAACUCACAUCAAGCAGUCAUUUCAUUAAUUUCUCUAUCAAAUAUAAUCUGGCCAUUAUUUAUAAAAAAAACAAAAUCAUCUCAUAAUUUUUGAUAUACAUGUAUAUACCAGGUAGAACAAAGUUCCUAAAAGUGCUAUUGAUGUAUGUUCAGGAUAGAUUAUAAUAUAUGAAUUGAUAGUUUGUAAGAACUUUCCGAUACAAAAAUGUUCGUAACAAUUCUUGAAAGAAAUAUACAUUGCAGUUAAAAAAACUGUAUUUCAUUAUUUUGAUUUAUUUCGCUGUUGAAAAUGUAAUAAAUACCCAAUUUCAAGGGAAUUCACGUUCUAAUUCAGCUUUUGCCUUGGUGUUAACUCAUUCACCCCUGGAGAUGUAUUUGAACAUUUCCAGUUCAAAUGUUGGAAUAGUUCAUUAUGAAAUUUCAGGGGUGAAUGAGUGAAAAGGCUUAUAUAUCAAUUAGUUAAAAGUUUUGUUGUAUUUCUGCUAAAAAACCUGAACAAACUGUGUGCCUGUUAAUGAGAGCUAUUAACAAAUUAUUAUUGCCAUAUAUGCCUUGUAAUUAAUUAACUCAGUCACCCCUGAAGACACAUUUGAACUCUUCCAAUUCAAUGGUUGGAAUAGUUCAUUAUGAAAUUUUAGGGGUGAAUCAGUUAACUGUAGCUGUUGAUGUUUGUAUCCCAUGUACCAUAAUCAUGUCAUCAAUAUUCAUAAUCGUUAUGACUUCAGGUGUAUCAUCCAAUGUUUUAUUGUUAUAUUAAUAUUUGACUGUGUUUUCACUACAAUGAGAUUAUAUAUAUAAUAUAUUUACAUCCACAUUUUUAAUUUCAUGUCAAUAUAUGCAUAUUCAAGAUUGUUUUGUAUUACUGAAUGACCUGUGAGUUUGUUGAACAUCUAAAUGACAUACAGUGUUUCCUGAAUUAUAAUGAAGAAAAUUAAAUAAUAAUAUUUUGCAUGAUUUGCAAAAUAUUGUUGACAUUUCAAUUUUUUCCAUAAAACAUUUUCCAUUGUUAAUGUUAUCCUUACUCUAGUAUGUAGGGUACGUUUCCUUAGUUGACGAGCAUAACUACCGUUAUAUCUAGUACACUGAUUUCGUAAGCAUAUAAUUAUUGAUAAUUUUUUUAUGUAAGGUUGAUUCUUAGGAAUGAACAAAAGUAUGUAGAAUAAUGAAAUCUGAUAGGGCAUGCUUACAAGGCAUUCUUAAGGAUUUAAUCCUCGUAUGUCACCAGAAGUUUUAUAGGGCAUGCUUUCAGAGCAUUAUCACCAGGUUUUGUGAGGAAACUACUAAGUUUUGCACACAUCCUGUGUUGUUGCUUUACACAUCAGUAGAUCCAUUAACAGGCGGCUUGCUCUCGGGCACCUGAUCAAAGCUCUUGAAUGCUAACAGGUGAACUUGAAAAGAUAGAAAAUAACAGAUUCACCUCUGUUGUUGCAUGUUACUCCUGAAUGGAAUGGUCAGAGAAAUGGAAAACAGCUGAGAUACAAAGAACAUGAAAUCAAUGUUGGCCUACUUGUACGUUCAUUUUUUUAUUUAUUUUUUCAGAUCUUAAAUUAUCAUCUGCCCUUGGUUUCAUUUUUGAGUAUUUAUAUAUACACGAUCUUUUCAUAUUUAAUGUAUAUCUAACCAGCCAGAAAAGAAACAGGUGAUGUAUUUAUAUCAAAAUGAAAUUUUUCAGACAACUAACACAACUUCAAAAGCCAUUUUUUGGCAGUGUUGUCAUUUUCCCUUCAGCGUGCUGACCUAUGACUACCUGUUAGUCAUAGACAGAAAAUGUCAAUUUUAUUUGACAUAAUUGUCUGUUGAUCUCAGUUAGCGCAACAAAUAACAUUAGAAAAUUGGCCAGUUUCAUUUGGAUGAACAGGAAUUCAUAUUUAACAUUAAAACUUAAAUUCCUAUUAACAUCUCCAUUGUUAUACAUUGUGCUGCCAAAUCUCUUUAUAAGUUCAAAUUGUCCCAAAUGAUUACAGAAUAUCAAUUUUAUUUAUUGUAAAGAAUUUCUGCAAAUCUCUUUAUUUUUGGCAGGCACUAAACCAAAAAUAGAAGGUUCUACAAUGCAAAAAUUAUAUUGUGAAUAUGAGUCCUAUAUGGUAUAAAAAUUCCAAUUGUGGGUAUGCAAAUGAUAUACUCUUUGCAGGCUUUUCAAUCAGAGACUUAUUUAUGCUGUCACUUUCUCAUGAUAUGUUAGUAAUUAGAUUGAGGAUCUAAGAGUCUUUGUCCUCUGUGUGAACAAGAUUCUCCAUCCUCUGGGUGAACAAGACUCUUUGCCCUCUGGGUGAACAAGAGUCUUUGCCCUCUUUGAGAACAAAACCUUGUCCUCUGGGUGAACAAGACCAUUUGUCCCCUGGGUGAACAAAACGUUUUGUCCUCUGGGUGAACAAGACCAUUUGUCCCCUGGGUGAACAAGACCUUUUAUCCCCUGGGUGAACAAGACCAUUUGUCCUCUGGGAUACAUUUUCUGUGAAGGGUAAAGGUGGUGCAAUAUCUGGAGAAAAUGCCUAAAUGAUUUUUUAUCACAAAGUCGCCAUGUUGUUCAGGAGAUUACACUUUAAUAUAACCUACUGCAUCAUCUUAAAAUUAUGUCCCAUAUUUCUAAAUGAUUUUAUGAUGUCAAAUUGAAGACAAUUGGAUACAGAGCCAAAAUGACAAAAUUUAGAUUCAAACAAUGAAAUGGAAAACCAUUUUAUUUUUGUUUUGCCUCAUUCUUGACCGUGUGAUAAAAAAAGUAUUGCAUUUGUUUCCAUGUUAUAAAAUGAGAGGUGAUCUUAAAUGAAAAAUUCUCACACUUGUUUAAUAAAUCGCAUAUGAAACAGGACCUUGUAUGAACUAAUAUAUGUCUAAGGAAUGCAGUCUUGUUAUACUAUUUAUGGUCUAAAAUGAGCAGGAUACUUGUAUACCCUGUGCUAUAUAUGUUGUGUAAUUUUUAUAAUUGCAUAUUUGUUCAACAUUGACUGGAAGUUUGAUUUAUCUACUUUAUUAUAAUAUUGUUAAAUGUGACCUUUGUCUAUAUUGAUAAUGCUUAAUGUAGAUUGUCAGUUUACACAAAAAUCAUCAGAACACUCUGGUGCUGAAGUGCUAUUUACAUAAUUACAGGUGAAAUAUUUGUUAAUAAGUAAUUUAUGAAAAUGAUCUUAUAAUGGUAGACCUGCCUUUUAUAGUUUGUUCAAAUAUUGAAGAUUUUAAGUUUUUCUUUCAGUUGUGCUCUUGUCCCUACACAUACUUCCUGAUAUGCGUGUUCCCGGGGAGUACACUGUAAAUUAUUACAGGUGUUUGUAGUUAAUCACAAACAGACAUUUAGUGCUUAUUUGAUAAUUAUUUUAAUUUACCAAUUUAAAUUGUCAUAAUUAUUACUGACUUUAUUACAUUUCCAUGGGCUAUUGUUGUGGGCAGUGUUUGGUGCUGUACGCUCCUGGUUCCAUCUUUAAUGGAAGGAGAUAGUUCAAUUUAUUAUGUUUAAGGCCAAACAAAUAAUAUGCAUGUUUCAUGAAAUAUGACUGAAAAAAGGGAAGGUUGGUAGGGAUUUUUUUUUUUGAGGGUUGGGGGAAUAAUUUAAGAAAUUACAAAAAUCAUCAAUCAUAGUUAUUUAGACCAAUUGUAUUUCUUGUUCAUUAUAUUUUUAGGUCUUUUAAAUAAUAAUAUUGGAUUUAAAUUUGGUUUUAAUACCUGCCUAUGAAUAAAGAGAUGUCAUAAAGAUGUUUACGGUUUUUAGUGUGUUCAAAUGGGGGGGGUUUCAGUGCAAUCUAUACCUAUUCUAUGGUGAAAUCAUGGCAGUUGUCAAUUAAGUCUGUAAUGGUGUGAAUGAGACAAUAAUGGAUGAAAUAAAAAUGAAUAAAUAAUUCAAAUGAAA